AUGAAAUCCAUCCAUUCUUAUAUCCUCAUUGCUUCUGAUCCUGCCAUCCCUUCAUGCGCUGCCAUCCCGGAUGGCCAGCCUUGGCGGGAUGGUACAUCACGUGACUCUAAGCCCCGCGAUGAUCCAUUACCUUCUGACGUGGACGUCCAUAGGCCUUCAGCCAUCUCGUCACUUGUCCAGGAAAGAAUCCUUCUUGUUACUUCUAACAGUUGUCAGAUUUGA